AUUAAAUAAUACAAGAUGGUAGAUGAAAGAUCUGCGAAAUUGUAAAGAUUAGAGGUGUCAUGGUCACUAAAGUCUUAGUGCAGAGGGACUGGAGGGAAAUUAAAAGACACAAAAGGGAAAUGGAAGUGUAUGAUUUAAGAGACUUGAAGAAGAAAAUAGUCGUAUAGUUCAGGAGUACUUUGUGCUGUUUCAGAUCCCCACAGUACCUACCACAUGCGGCUCUUGUCAGAGGCACAGACAGAAUACCUUUGGUUUUGAGGAACUGUAACCUACCAAGAAAUAUACAAUAUAAAAAUAUGAAAGUUAAGCAUGUAAAUGUUGUCACCUUACCACCUUUCCUUUUGAUGCCUGUGUCCCCAGCCUGUUAUAUAAAUAUGCAUUGGACCAAAGUGAGAGUGACUCUGUAGCCCAGUGGUUAGGGCUAUAUAUGGGAGACCCAGGUUCAAAUCUUGCUACUGCAAUGCAUAUUUAAUUAUUUAUACACAAUGGAACAUUUCCAACAGAGCAGAUGGAGAGAGACUGAUUCCCAGUGUAUAGGGCACUUUUCUCAGAGGAGGGAGACCAAGUUCAAAAUCUUUCUCCACCUCAGGGGUAUUCGUUCUGUUAAAGGAACAGAAAAUUAGUGGGCACAGCAGUAUGGAAGCAGAGGAUUUCCCUCCCCCGCCACCUGAAGUUCUAGAAAAUGAAUUAAAAGGCUGUGGUACCAAUGAUGAAGAGGAGGAAGAAGGGGAACAAUUUGAUUUCGAUAGUGGCGAUGAAAUACCAGAAGCAGACAGACAAGCACUUGUGCCACCUGCUUCAGACCCUGGGAUUAAUGUAGAACAUGAAGACACUAACUCCACAGGGGAUGACAACAUAGGUAGAACUGAGAAAAUACAAACAACAGAAUCCCAUGCAGAGGGCACUCCAACAAAAGUAAACCCGUAUUCAGUCAUAAAUAUUUCACCAGUCCAAGAAAAGGAUCAUUCCUCGUCACCAGAACCCAGUCCUCAAGAUGAAAAUGCAAGCCCUAACUUGUCUGGUGGAUAUUCUGUUCCGGUGCCCUGUGGCUAUGCUGUACCAUCCAAUUUGCCACUGAUGCUGCCGGCAUACUCCAGUCCUGUCAUAAUACGCAGUGUUUCUGUGGACGAAGAAGUGGGUAUGCAGUCAGUAACUGAAGAUGGCAAUAGUAAUUCCUUGAGCUCAGAGGAUCCUCCAAAUAGUGAAGAUAAUCAGGUCUGUAAAGAAGAUGAUGCUCUAGCCAAAUGGGUUGCAGAUCCUGCAAACACAUCAUGGAUGGAAAACCCAGAUGAAGUAAUUUAUGAUGAUGUGCCAAAAGAAGAUUCAGACACCGAACCAGAGGAAAUGAUUUAUGAUGAUGUUGAAAAUGGAGAUGAAGGUGGAAACAGCUCCCUAGAAUAUGGAUGGAGUUCAAGUGAGUUUGAAAGCUAUGAAGAACAAAGUGACUCAGAGUGCAAAGACGGAUUUCCCAGCUCCUUUUUGCGAGGCAACCACAAAAGACAUCUUUCUCAUGACCUAACCCGUUUAAAGGAGCACUAUGAGAAAAAGAUGAAAGAUUUGAUGGCAAACACUGUGGGAGCGGUAGAGAUUCAGCAACUAAAGCAAAAACAUGAGCUGAAGAUGCAAAAGCUCAUGAGGGCUGCUAGGGAAGGUACCAAAGAUGGCUACGAAAAGACUAAAGCGGCUGUGAAGAAAGGUCGGUCAUUCAUCAGAACCAAAUCCUUUAAUACCCAGGAUCAUAAAGCAUCCUGUUUGGAAGAAGAGGAACUAAAUUUAUUUAUUGAUGUUGACUGUAUGCAUACAGAAGCAAUUAUGACUCCUAUGCCUGAAGGAUUAUCACAGCAACAGGUUGUGAGAAGAUAUAUUCUGGGCUCUGUGGUUGACAGUGAGAAGAAUUAUGUGGAUGCUCUCAAAAGAAUUCUGGAGCAAUAUGAGAAGCCUCUCUCAGAAAUGGAACCAAAGCUACUGAGUGAAAGAAAACUCAAAAUAGUCUUUUAUCGUAUUAAGGAGAUUCUUCAGUGCCAUUCAAUGUUUCAGAUAGCACUGGCCAGCCGUGUGUCUGAAUGGGAUUCUGUUGAAAUGAUUGGAGAUGUCUUUGUUGCUUCAUUUUCUAAAUCCAUGGUUCUAGAUGCAUACAGUGAGUAUGUAAAUAACUUCAGUACAGCAGUGGGGAUUCUCAAGAAAACAUGUGCCACAAAGCCUGCCUUUCUAGAUUUUUUAAAGCAAUGCCAGGAGUCGAGCCCUGAUCGAAUUACACUCUAUGGUUUAAUAAUGAAACCCAUACAACGCUUUCCACAGUUCAUUCUUCUGCUUCAGGAUAUGUUGAAAAACACUACUAAAGGACAUCCUGACAGGCUGCCACUGCAGAUGGCUCUUACAGAGCUUGAAACAUUGGCAGAGAAAUUAAAUGAAAGGAAAAGAGAUGCAGAUCAGCGCUGUGAAAUAAAGCAAAUUGCAAAAGCCAUGAAUGAACGUUAUCUGAACAAGUUACUCAGCAGUGGAAACCGAUACCUAAUACGGACUGAUGAUAUGAUAGAAACAGUUUACAAUGAGAAAGGAGAAAUUGUCAAAACCAAAGAACGACGACUCUUCAUGCUGAACGAUGUAUUGAUGUGUGCAACAGUGAGUGCACGCUCUUCGUAUGAAAGCAGUGGCAUCAUGGCAACUGGCCUAAGGUAUUUAUUAAAAUGGAGUGUGCCACUUGGACAAGUGGAAGUAAUAGAAUAUGGCAGCAGUGAAGGCCAAGGAGAGAACUGCAGAUUCCCACCUCAGCACUCAGCCGAGAAUGUCAUCGUUAAUGUUAAGCCAAACAAACUUUAUAUGGGACCAGGACAACUGUACCAUGAUUUGCAGAAUCUUUUACAUGAUUUGAACAUAGUCAGUCAAAUUAGUCAACUGAUAGGCAGUCUUAAAGGAAACUAUCAGAACUUAAACCAGUCAGUGGCCCAUGACUGGACAUCAGGUUUACAAAAACUUAUAUUGAAAAAAGAAGAUGAAAUCAGAGCUGCAGAUCGCUGCAGAAUUCAGCUGCAGCUUCCAGGGAAGCAGGACAAGUCUGGGCGACCAACUUUCUUUACUGCAGUGUUCAAUACAUUUACUCCUGCUAUCAAACAGUCUUGGAUCACCAAUUUACAAAUGGCUAAGCUUGCUCUUGCAGAGGAGAACCUCCUGGGGUGGUUCUGUGUAGAAGACGAUGGGAAUCAGAUCAAAAAAGAGAAGCAUCCUCUCCUUGUUAGACACAUGCCAGUAAUGGUGGCCAAACAACAGGAAUUUAAGAUUGAAUGUGCUACUUAUAAUCCUGACCCUUACCUCUGUAGCGAAACUGAGUCAGAUUCCUGUUCCAUGGAGCAUGGUUUUCUGUGGAUUGGCAGUUGCACUAAUCAAAUGGGCCAAAUUGCAAUUGUUUCAUUUCAAAACUCCAGCCCCAAGGUUAUCGAGUGCUUCAAUGUGGAAUCUCGCAUUCUCUGCAUGGUCUACAUUCCAGAGGAAGAGAAACAUAAAGAGUUAAAUGUGGCUCCAGAGUCUGAAAAUAUGGCUACAAAAACCUUAAAAGUGCCUACUGUCUGCCUGGGCAUGGAGGAAGGAAGCAUUUCUAUUUACAAGAGUCAUCAAGGCUCAAAGAAAGUCCGACUUCAGCACUUCUUCACCCCAGAAAAAUCAACUGUCAUGAGCCUAACAUAUCUGUCGCAGUACUUGUUUGCUGGUCUGGUUAAUGGGAACAUUGCAAUCUACACAAAAGCAGAAGAUGGAGCCUGGAAUUCAGAACCCCAAAAAGUAGUGAAAUUAGGGGUUCUGCCAGUUAGAAGUCUACUCAUGAUGGAAGAUACCAUUUGGGCUGCGUCUGGUGGACAAAUUUUUAUAAUCAGUACUGAGACACAUACAGUAGAGCGCCAUUUUGAAGCUCAUCAAGAAGAAGGGAUGGUGAUCUCACACAUGGCUGUUGCAGGAGUGGGAAUCUGGAUUGCCUUCACAUCUGGAUCUACACUCCGCCUGUUCCACACUGAGACACUGAAACACCUCCAGGACAUUAACAUUGCCACUCCUGUUCACAAUAUCUUGUCAGGACAACAACGUGUUUCUGUGACCAGUCUGCUGGUGUGCCAUGGGUUAUUGUUAGUUGGAACAAAUCUGGGUAUUAUAGUAGCACUACCAGUGCCUCGUUUGCAAGGAAUUCCAAAAGUAACGGGAAGAGGAAUGGUAUCCUAUCAUGCACAUAAUGGCCCAGUCAAAUUCCUUGUAAUGGUUACAGCUGUAAACAAGAAAAACAAAAGCAAAUCAAGAAACAGUCUGCCUCCUAACUCCGAAUCUAAAGAAGAUGACCAAAAAAAUGUCCUGCACAAUGACAGACCAAGCUCUUCCCUAAGUAACACUCAUGACACUGCAGUGUGGCUAGGUGGUUCAGUAGGAUCCAUUGCACAAAGAAGUGACAUGUCUUCAUCUUCUGGGUCCCUAACAUUGUCUCAUGGGUCAAAUUCCCUAGAACGUAGGCCGGAGGACAGCACCAUUUAUGAGCUCUUGAAGGAUCAAAACAUCUCACUUAAAAAUAAAAGACAGCGAUCCAGGAAAAUGAAAGCAAGUUCAGUAUUAGUCAUCUCUGGAGGACAAGGACACAGAAGGGUGAACAAGAAGUCCAAGCAGCAGCGACAGGAUGAACUAGUAUCUUCUGUGAUGGUUUGGCAGAUUCCACUAUUAAACAUCUAAGUGACUAAAACCAUGUUAAAUGGUGACUUUUUACAAAGUCAUUUGAUUUCAUUUCUAAACUCUACAUGUGUUAUGAUGCUUUCGUCUUUUAAAGGGAUUUCUGAUGUAAUCUUACUACAGUGAAUACCAAGGACCAAACCCUGCAGCCAUUACUCAUGUGAGCAGUCCUGUUGAAGUCAAUUGGAUUGAUCACCUGGGUAAGGGCUGCAAGAUAGAUUCCUAACCUAGUUAGAACAUCCUCCCUUAUUACGGUAUUGAAAAUAUUUAGCUGCUGCUGAGGGCUCUGCUACUUAAAAUAUUGGGGAUAUAUCAGACCCUUUUAAAUGGUUUUAGAAUCUCCACUUUAUUUAUAUUCAAGUUUAUAUCUGUCAUUAUUAUGAUUCAUAGCACUUAGGAGAGGCAGGGAAGAUAUACCAUUUCACAUGCUGUUUGUUGCUUUCUUAAGUCAGCACUUUUUUCAAAAGUGAUUCUUGCAUGUACUGUACAUUUUAACAAAGUAGCAAAUAUUUUGAGCAAUAAAUAUACUAAUAAAGGGUAACAGAUUAAUUCAGUAAUCACUAUAUAAUAUAAUUCCACAAGAAAGUGUCUGGGUUCGACCAAAAAAAUUAACAGUCAGAUAGGCUCAUUGUUUUGUAUCUUUCAAAGCAAAAAUACAUUGUUAUUUUCUAAUGCUCCAUAUUAUUAAAAAACAAUGCUGGAGGGGAAAAAGUGUGUUAACACCAUUGGAAGAUGUGAUAUCUAUCUAUGUGGAGGCCCUUGCACAUGAUGAUUUGGGACAAAUAGAAAAUACAAUACAGGUUGAAGAUACAAAAUAGAUGUGCAUUCUGACUAACUUCUUGGUGCCAGUGCUGGCAGUGCAUUCUGUUUCUGGCAGUGGAGUGUACUUCUAGCAUCAAGGGUAUGUAGAAAAUCUGUGUGCCGUUUUUAACAAUACAUAAUUUUUCAUUCUGUGAUGGCAGUGAAGCAAUUAAAACAUGAAGAGGUACAUGGUUACACAGUGAGUAAAUGCAGGGAAUUAAUACUAAGUAUAAGACCAUCUGAAUAUAUCAAUAUCUACAGGAAGCGCACAUAGUAAUGCAUGCAUUCAUCUAGAAUAUAAGGAGGUUAUCUCCUAAAAUGUUAAAAUAGUUAGUUGUGUAGUUGUAGUAGCGGAUCCUGCAAAUCUUCCAUGCAUGGAAUUCCA